AUGAGACACCAGACACAGACGGUGUUCUGGCUUCAACGACGGUUGGCCAGCGACGCUAGGUCCGACUCCAUGCUGAAACUGGUGUCGUACUUGAAGUCUCCGUCAACAGUCCCCUCGAUACCCAAUAAAAUCGCUCUGCCCAGCUCGAUCGAAGAGAGAGAAAACUACAGGAACCCGUUUGUAUGGUUUCGACUUAACGACACCUUGAACGUUGCUCUGGAUUCGAAAAAACAUAGAUCAUCCUACUACGACCUCGUGACCGUUAAGGACAAGGUCUCCAGAAGUCCCAAGUUCACCAAUCUGGGUGUUCUGCAGAUGGUGGCUUCAAAGACAGGCAGAAUCGCAGGAAAAGCAUUGGACACUGUUCCGAGCACAGCUUUGCACCAACAGACCCAGUUACCAUCGGAGAUCCGCGACAAAGUCGUCGAGAUGUCGUCCAGGGUCGAUGUCCCGGAAAUCCUAGAGUUCCUCACCUCAACGCUCGACCGAUACACCCACGCAACGCUUGUCUGUGGUCUCCUGACACUCAGCGAGCAGAUAAGUCCCGAGUUUGAGCAGAAAGUGGUUAGCGUCUGCUGCCAAUCGCUGGAAUUCUACGACAAUGCCGAACUAACCAAUAUUUUCAAUGCAUUAAUGAAUCUAAACAAGCACAGCUACAUCCAACAAGUUAUUGACCAGCUCAACCAAUCCAACCCGACACAGAGCUUCACAAGCGAAUGCCCGUUGCAGUUGCAAUCCCAGCUGUUGGAGUUUGCCAUUUUUCACAACGACUUUCGUCUUGCUGCUCAACUCCUGGUAUCGCUUCUGGAAAGAGACCUGGUUCCGUCCAGUGCUGUUGUGGAAAGUUAUAUUUCGCUCAUUAAUAACACGGCAAACGCAAUCCAAGCAGACUUUGAGAGCAGGAAACUGGUUUUCAUGGCGUUUAUGAAACCUCUUGGAUCUGCGUUCAAGUUCCAACACGAGCCAAUCUCGGCAGUUUCUGUCGAGUCCAUCUUUAGCUGGUUCAACGAGCAGGAACUGUUCUGGGGACUCGAGUACUUCCACCGUGUGCGUGCUAAAGCCGAAGAGAUCAACAACAUAGCAGUGACACACUUCUCCAGAUUGAACGCAGACGGUUCUUCUAUGCAGAACGCUGUUUCGCUAACGUCUCUGAUCGGACAUCUCAAACACUAUAAUUUUGCUCCGUUCGACGACAGCUUCAAGAAAGCAGUGCUGACGCUGUAUUGUCAGUACCAAUCGCCGGUUGCCGCACAGAUGUGGCUGCAGCAACUUGAAACUCCGUUGACUAGCGAAGAAAAACGGUUCCUUGUUGACGAGAUCUCGAAAACCAGACCAGAUUCCUCGAUAGCCGACAAACAGCAUAUAGAUUUGUUCAUAGACUCGAUAAAUGGCUCAUAG